AUGAACACCACUUUCGAGGUCUUUCAGUUUCGUCAGGCAAAGCAACUCGAGGGCGAAUCUGUCGGCCAAUUCUCGAUAAGGCUUCGACUGCUUGCCCGCAAUUGCGGUUUCGCGAACGCCGACGAGGAAAUCAAGAACCAGAUCAUAUUUGCAACGACAUCUUCACGCCUACGACGAGUAGCCCUAAGGCAAGACCUUAACCUUCCAUCACUUUUGAAUCAGGCUCGACUCCUCGAGGAUGUCAACCGAGCAACGACUGCCAUGGAAGGGUCGUCAACAACCACCACGGUUCAAGCAAUCUCUGGACAGCCUCGCUACGGCCAUGCAGGCACAUCCAGAAAUGCCCAACAACCUCGCUGCUUCUCUUCCCGUCUGAAAUAUGGAGGCAGCGCACAACAACGCACCCACGUCUCGCCUCCCCAGUGUUUCCACUGUGGUGCUCCCUGGCCCCACGAGGGAGGACAAGUAAACUGCCCCGCCAAAUUUGCCUCUUGCAAAGCAUGUGGCAGAAAAGGACACUAUGGCAAGGUGUGCCAAUCAGCACACAAGCCUAUCUUCCAGAUUUCUCAUGAUUCUGACUCCGACGAGAGCGUUUAUGCUGUCGGAACUAUAUCACAAGUAUCGCACCAAAACCUCCCAGAGGUUCAUCUGCAGGUUAACAACACCCCUAUAACAUUUCUUAUUGACACAGGUGCUUCAGUAUCGGUCAUUGGAACCUCUACCCUUAACAAGCUUGGAGCACUCACAAAACUCCAACAAGCAGGCACGCGUAUUUACGCCUAUGGAUCGGAUGCUCCGCUACCAAUCAUAGGAAAGCUCAGUGUCACGCUGAAGUACAGGGACAGCGACACAACAGAAGACGUGUUCGUAAUAGAGGGAACCGUGAAGUCACUGCUGAGCUUCGCUGCUGCAAAUAGACUGGGCCUAAUCCAAAUUACUUACGCCAUCCAAGGACACUCACAAAAAGAUGCACGCUCGAAUGGAGAGGUGCCCCCAAAUUUGCUCGAGACCCCACUCGCUGCUUUUCCCGAGUUGUGUGCGGGUGUAGGCAAACUAAAAAACCUCCAAGUACACCUCCACAUUGACAAAGCCAUUGCCCCGGUUGCUCAGCCCCAUCGCAGAAUCCCUUUUGCAGUGCGAAGCAAAGUAGAAGAGAAGAUAAGCCAGCUCUUGGCCCUUGAUAUCAUCGAAGGAGCAACCGGACCUACUCCAUGGGUUUCACCAGUCGUAAUUGUGCCAAAGCCGCACAAUCCAGAAGACAUUCGCCUAUGCAUCGACAUGAAAUGUGCGAAUAGGGCCAUUCUUCGCGAGAGGCACGUCUGCCCUACCAUCGACGACGUGAUCACAGCGCUGAACGGAUCAACACUCUUCACGAAGCUUGAUCUAAAAGAUGGGUACCACCAACUAGAACUUGAUAAUGAAUCAAGAACAAUCACAACAUUUGCAACACACAACAAAUUGUACCGCUACAAACGACUUAUGUUUGGAAUUAACGCGGCUGCCGAGGUUUUCCAGGAAACCAUCCGUCAAGUACUCAACGGCAUACCUCACGUCCUCAACAUCAGUGAUGAUAUACUUGUGUUUGGCAAGACAAAGGAUGAGCAUGAUCAGGCUCUCCAGGCAACUCUCGAAAGGUUGACAGAGAACGGCCUCACAGUUAAUCCAAAAAAAUGUCUCUUCGCACGGAAAGAACUCUGUUUUUUCGGUCACAUUUUCUCUGCUUCUGGAAUCAGAACAGACCCCCAGAAAAUCGCAGCACUAAAAAAAAUGCCGGCCCCUGCCAACGCUCAUGAAGUUCGAAGUCUGCUUGACCACAAACCCCUUGUCUCCAUCCUCACCAACCCACGGGCGUGUCCAUCGGCACGAAUUGAACGCCUCGUGUUGAGAAUCCAACAAUACAACUUCAGAGUGGAGCACAAGUGUGGAAUCAACAACCCCUCGGAUUACCUGUCUCGCCAUCCCAUGCCGAGCUCCCCUGCUGACGCCCGCCUGGCUCAUAGCACUAAUGCAUAUGUCAACUUCAUUGCCCACCACAACAUUCCCAAAGCCAUGACUCGUGCAGAAGUAGCUGCCGCCACUCUAAACGACCCUCAUAUGCAAAAGGUGAUCGCUGCCCUCAGCAAUCCUGCCAGGUGGAACGACCCAGCACUCAGAGAGUUUAUAUCCGUACAGCACGAGCUCUCUCUGACGGACAGCGGCCUACUACUGAAAGGCAAUUGCCUCGUUCUACCGGCUGCUCUCCAGCAACAGGCGAUAUGUCUCGCUCACAUUGGGCACCAAGGCAUCUCCAAAACAAAAGCGCUCAUGAAGCGAAAAGUAUGGUUUCCCCACCUAGACAGCAUGGUACAAACUACUCUUAAAAACUGUAUGGCGUGUCAGGCAACCAUCCAACAUCAACACUCUGACCCCGUCGCGAUUCCAUCGAAGCCAAAUCAACCUUGGGAGGCGCUCUCACUUGACUUCGCGGGGCCUUUCCCUAACGGCAAAUACAUAAUGGUCCUAAUGGAUGAUACGUCACGUUACCCUCUCGUGGCGGCAUUAUUGAUCACGCGCAAACAUAAAAUCUACAUCACUACAUCACUUCCCCCGAGGAGCAAAGAAAUGAACAGAGCGAAACGCUUUUCAGGAGCAGUACACCCAAGUGACGAGUGA